AUGCAGCCGUUCCAAUCGUCUGCCCGUCCCGAGGGCCCGAGGGAGUCCUCCCCCGAGAGGGCCAAGUCCCCCGACACCCCGACGGCGCCGGUCUUGAAUUUCUCCAUAGCUCGGCUCAUGGAACCGGACAGAAAGAAGUCGGUGAGCCCUGAACUACCACCGCCACCAGGUUUCCUGUCCUACGGCGCGCAUUUACUAGAUUCCGCGUUUAAGCAAUACAUACCGGCGGCGAGGCGGCAGCUAGUGUCAAACUACCCACUGCUAUAUUACGGUCCAGAUCUCGUUUCGCUGACGUAUGCUCACCAGCUACACUUGCCCAGACCGCCGCCCGUUCAAUCUCCUGUGCAGCGUCCACCGAGUCCUCGAGCUCCGGCGGCUGAUCACGCCGUAUCUUCGACUACAGGUCCAACACCUUCGCCCGCGAAAAAUAAAAGUUUUGCGUGUGGCGACUGUGGAAAAGUGUUCAAUGCUCACUAUAAUCUGACGAGGCACAUGCCCGUCCACACCGGUGCCAGACCGUUUGUGUGCAAAAUCUGCGGCAAAGGCUUUAGACAGGCGUCGACUCUGUGCCGACAUAAAAUCAUCCACACCUCCGAAAAGCCUCACAAAUGUCUCACCUGUGGCAAAGCCUUUAACCGGUCCUCGACGUUAAAUACUCACGCUCGUAUCCACGCGGGCUACAAGCCAUUCGUUUGCGAGUUCUGCGGGAAAGGUUUUCAUCAGAAAGGCAACUACAAGAACCAUAGACUCACUCACAGUGGAGAAAAAGCUUACAAGUGCAACAUUUGCAACAAAGCGUUUCACCAAAUAUAUAACCUAACAUUCCACAUGCACACACACAACGAAAGGAAGCCGUUUACUUGCAGUAUAUGCGCUAAAGGUUUCUGCAGAAACUUCGAUCUCAAGAAACAUACGCGGAAGCUUCACAUGGGCGCCGGGAGCUCAAACAAUGAUUCUUCUUUGGAUACCCAAGACGAAUCGACCCAAGAGGCCACGCCCAGCCCAAGCGAAGAGGCAAGCAGAGCCGCGUUCAGACCUUUCAUCGGCUCUUCGUACCCUCGGAUCUUGGAUCCCGCGCGGAUGACUGCUCCCAACACGUUUUUCUCAAAGCUCUUGUGA